AUGGAAAAACUACAAUUCGAAUUUGCAGUAACCGCAUCAUCCAAGGAUGAGAAAACAAAUAUAAUUGCCAUAACCUCAAUUAGUACAGAAGAAGGGAAAAGGUACGUUCUACCGGCAGAGUUUAGACAUAUAGGCUAUCAUAAGGAAUUAAUGAAAACAGAAAAUUACAAUAAACUAAAGAACACUCUGAAAACAAGACAUCAAAAAAGAAAAGUGUGGAUAAAAAUGACAGAAGACUUAAAAAAGAUCUAUAUAGAUGAAGAUCAGAAUCUACAGUUUGAGAACCAAUAUUUAGAAGAAAUAGACGAGGAUAAAUCAGAAGAUAAAACUCAAAAGGAUAAUUUAACAAAAAUAUUAGAAAAACUUGUAGAGUCAUCACAAAGAAAGGAAGAAAAAAAAAACUUAAAACAAAUUUCAGAAAAGUUUAUGAUUGAAAAAUUCACCAGCAAGCACUCGAAUACGAAACAAUGGCUAGAAACAUUUGAGAAAGAGUGUACAAGAUUUGAUAUUAUAGAGGAUGAAACAAAAAUCGAAAUACUAAGAUUGUUUUUAGAUAAAUCUUGUUCAGACUGGCAUUCUGCAACAUUAACAAAGUUAACUGUCCAGGCAGGAUGGGAUGAAUGGAAAGAUAGAUUUUUAGAAACUUUUGCGGAUAAAGGAUGGAGCACGGUGAAAUUAUUGAGGAAAAAUGAAAAAUUUAUAUGGGCAGAAGACUGUGAAAGGUCUUUUACAGAAAUAAAGAAAUUGCUAUGCUCUCAACCAGUGCUAGAAAUAUUCGACAAAGAUUUGCUUACACGGAUUUACACAGACGCAUCACUUGAAGGCAUAGGUGCAAUAUUCAAACAGGUACAGCAUAACGGAAUAGAGAAGCCAGUAGCAUACUUCUCAAAGAAACUAAACGAAUCGCAAAAAAGAAAAAAAGCGAUAUACUUGGAAUGCCUGGCUAUCAAAGAGGCGGUAAAAUAUUGGCAACACUGGUUGAUCGGAAGAAGAUUUGAAGUGUACUCAGAUCAUAAACCGCUGGAGAGCAUGAACAUCAAGGCCAGAACGGACGAAGAGUUAGGCGACUUAAUGUAUUAUUUGUCACAAUAUGAUUUCCAAAUAAAAUAUGUUCCAGGAAAGGAUAACGCCGAAGCAGAUUGCCUAAGCCGAAAUCCAGUAUUAGAACCAACCAGAAAUCUAACAGAAAAUAUAAAAAAGAUAUGCAAGACAUGUGAAGUAUGUAUCAAAAAUAAAUCUAGAGGUCAAGAAAAAUAUGGCCGGAUGUCACAGUUAGGACCAGCAACCAGACCGUUCGAAAUAAUGUCAAUGGACACUAUUGGAGGCUUUGGAGGACUAAGAUCAACAAAAAAAUACCUUCAUCUACUGGUUGACCAUUUUACCAGAUACGCAUUUAUUGCAACUUCGAAGACACAAAAUGCUACGGAUUUUAUCAAGCUAGUGAAAAACGUUGUAGAAACAGACAAGAUUGAAACGAUACUCACAGACCAAUACCCAGGCAUCAACUCAAGAGAAUUUAAAGAAUACCUAGAAGAAAACGAUGUUAGAUUGAUUUUCACUGCUUAUCUGCUGGAUGGCACGGACACAAGUAUUUUACCUGAAGAACUGAGAAGAGAAAAACAUCAAGAGGACUGGAUGAAAGAUAAAGAAUUAGCCCUAGAGAGAACUAUUAAGUCACAUGAUUAUAAUAAAAAACUAUUUGAUAAAAAUAGAAAACAUCAUGAGUUUAAUACAGGUGACAUGGUAUAUAUAGAAAAUGGUAAUAGAUUGAAUAGAAAAAAGCUAGACGAUUUGAGAAUUGGACCACUUGAGAUAAUAGAAAAAAUAUCGAACUCGAUAUACAGAAUUAAGACUAAUAGGAAAAAAUCAGGAACAAGCUUGUUCCACAUAACAAAACUAAUUCCAAUAUCAGAUAUAGAUAAGGACGCAGACGAAGAGGAUUGA